AUGACUCAUAGGUUUGACCGUACGGCGAAAGAAACCCUCUCGAAGGCGACAAGAUUGUUCAUCGCACGAAAAACAUUAUUACGAACUUUUCAAAAAGCCGUUAGAUGUUUAAACGUGCCGGUAGCGUAUAAAAAACGCACUUACCUACCUUCGCUGCAAGACAAUAUUAUUAAAGUCUGGGACGUUCACACCCCGCCUACAGUGUCGCCAUUUCCACGCAUCGUUUUAUCACAACAUUAUAUGAUGGACGCCUCUCUACUGGCAUCAGCCACCACAACGGCCGCCGCGCACACGAUCGUCGCGGCCACGUCCACCACCGUGGUGGCCACGAUGGCCCGCAGUGGCCAGCGCAAUGGCACCCAUCGUGGAGCAGUCAACGUGCACGGCCGACUCAUGUACGACGAGAUCGUCAUAAACGACGUCUGGAUCAACGCCAUCCUAUCCACAUUGGCCCUGUCAUGCGCAGCGUGCGUCUGUCUGUGCUUCUUGUACUGCAAAAUUCAACAGUGGAAACACGGAGUUCAGCGUAGGAGGAACGAGAAGAACUCGCGAAAGUAUGACGCCGACUCGCUGCCCAGCUACACGAUCGUCACUGGACUGCCCACGUACGACGAGGCAGUGGAGCGCAUGAACGGUGGCCACAACUACGGCGGCGGCGCAUCGUCCAUCCGCGACAACAAGCCGCCAUCCAAGCACGUGUCCGUGUCCGUGGUUCACGUCAGGGACGACUUACCGACGCCACCUAAGCCCGACCCCAAGUUCGGGCUGGUGUCGCACAGUCUGUUCGUGCACGACGACGGGUGCAGCCACUGCCUGUCCGUCCAGGAGCUGUUGGAGACCUACAACGUGCGAUAG